AGUCUUCACUUUCUUUUGCCCUAACUCCACCUCUGGCAGUUCGCUUGCUGUCAUCUGCCACUCUAGCUUGAAGCUAUCCACGAGCUAGUCAGGCCCGUUACAUAGUUUCUACCAACCUGGACUUCCAAGGAGGAACUGCCCGGCUUUACAGCCAACCCAAUAAAAUAUGGCUGAAAUAGACGUUACUGGGCCGAGGAGUCCAACUCUCGAGACGCUCCAGAACCGCCAACGCGAAAUGCGGCGAGCACGACCACCAGAUAUAACGAUUAUUAAAAAUGAGAACAGAAUUCCACUACGGCCGGAGAGAUUAGACAAGCGCGAAUCUAGGAUUGGCUUGAGGAGUUUAUUCGGCAGGUCGAGAACAGGGAAGGACGAUAAGACAGGAGAGGAAGCAUUACCAUCGCCAAAAGAGCCAAAGGAGUCACCACGAAGUGGCCGGAGACGCUCUUCGCUAGCAGACAUCGGUGUCUUUACCCGGGGGCUUCAUGCGUCUCGCUCUGAGGUUUCUCUUUUACCUUCACCUUUGGCGUUAGCAAAGCCAUCGCCGACUGAAUCGGUUUCUUCAUUAAAUGCUCAAGGGCGGCGAGGUAGCAAUGUCGCUAUCAAAAGCAAACUUGGCCAACCAGUAUCGCCGAAAAGCCCUACCACCACUUUUGACCCGCCGCCUUUAUUCAAGAUGUAUCCCCAAGCAGUUAAGCAUGCCACAUUACCAGCUUGUGCCACUCCGAUAGAGACCCUGGUUCGCUUCAGCGAGUCCAAAGAUAGCUCACUACAGAAUGACUUUUCGCAGGGUAACAUCACUCUUGACCGACAAGAAGCAGGGCGGAAGGCAGAGGGAGAUAAAAAGAAGAAAUCCAAAUUUGCGCCGGAAUGGACCAGCAAGAUUUACGCACUUGUCACCUCUGGAUACUUACUCCAAUAUGCAGCCGAGGGCUCCUUCAAUAGGCUACCUGAGAAGGUCUUACAUCUCACUCGAGACUCGGCUGCUUAUGCUAGCGACCUAAUUCCUGGGAAGCAUUGGGUUGUUCGAGUGACUUCAUCCACAGAUGCCGACGGAAACCCAUCUACAGAUGCGAAAUCUCUUAGGUCUAGGCUUGCUCUAAGAGGAAUUGAGAAGCGACAAGUCUCUAACAUGCUGCUUGUUUUCGAAAGCCCCGAGACCAUGGACGCCUGGCUCGCUAUCCUGAGACGAGAGAUCGAAUCACUAGGCGGUAAGAAGAAGCUUUCGGAAACCGGAAAUCCCGAAGCAGACGACAGCGCUACUACGCUAAAAGUGCAGGCCAACCAGAGGGCUAUUGUUGUUCGAGAUCCGGCCCGUUUCUCGCGUAUUGUUUCCCAGGACUUCUCGUGGACUCAGGAGAAUGCGCUUGUCGAUCCUACAGAAGAGAGCGAUUCCAACAACCCGCCACUGAAGCGACUGUCGGAGUCGACUGUAGACGAUGACUCGAGUAUGGUUUCGUCGGAUGGUCAGCGCCUAGACAGCCUUCGAGAUAGUGGCACCGGCGCUGGUAAUCGACUUUCUUCCGUCUCAUCUGGACAGCGGACAAUUGUGUCUUCGGCGGAGUCAUCGCCGGCUAAUUCCCCGAUUCGAGCAAGUUUCUCGAGCCAGGAGGAAUAUCUAUUCCAAAAGAAUAAAUCACCAUUGCCACCUACCCCUGAGGUUAGGCCGCGUCCCAACGCCGCUGCAAUCGCAAGUCGCAGGCAGUCGAUGCAGACUAUGAUCCCUGCUUUUGAUCCUCGUCUGGAUAUGGAUAAUCACCCGUCGUUGACCCUAUCUCCUCCUCCUCCUAGAUCAAGUCAUGGCGACAGGCAUCAAUUCGUACCUAACUUUAGCGUACCACAUGCAGUGGGUAGACGAUAUUCGUCGUUGAGUCUGUCUGCAAUCCCCCCGAGACCUGAACAGGUGCAAGCAGUUGGCCGAGACGAACCCGCUAAGCCUCCUUCCUUUCGAAGGAGUCCGCCGACAACCCUCCCCAUCUCUCGUCCCCUCUCUAUUGUUCUCGAUCAGCCGCCGCCAUUAUCAUCUUACUCGUCUAACUCACUUACCUUCUCAAUCAGCAAGGUACCUACUUUACAGAUGCCUGCUUCACCGACCAGAUUUAGCUCUUGGGCUAGCAAUGCUCUCAAGCAGCGAUCACAGGAAAGGGGAUCUCCCCCGAAGAAGGGCCAUCUGUCAAAACAGAUCACCGACAGAGCUCAAAACACCACGACGGGACGUCGUAGUACAGAUGAUAUGCGUGCCAGUCGACAAGGUCCGACACGUCCCCGAGCUAAGACAAGUAUAUCAUCCGUUCCUCAACCAGCCCGCGUCCAGUCUUCAGAGAUUGCGGAUGCUCCCGAGCUAAUACGCAGGCCCGCCUCAUCUUUCGAGAUGCGGAGAGUAUCGACGGCCCCGGUUCCUAAAUAUGUAUCCUACAACCGCACCCCGCCGCUAGACGAGUACCCAACCCGGCAGAACCGCCACUCGUUGACGGCCUCCAAACAAUCCCCCAACUUAUCCUCUAUCGAGGAGCCAGACUACACGCUAUCGCCGCCCCUAGCAUUCUCGCCUAAGCGCUCGGUGCCUUCCCUCAAGGCCCUGCGGCAGGAUGCGUCACCAAAGCAAUUAUUUGCGGUGGACAUGAGCCCAAAAGCCCUCUUGACCAGGAGAAGCAUGCCUCACCUCUCCGAAGGCCCGCCUCUCGCUCCUCCACCAACCUGCGCACUUCCUCCACUUCCGGGAAAGCACGUGACUACCAUGCCUAGGAGCAUGAAAGCAUGAUGUUUGCCUGCUGGUCGUUUUUAUGACAUCCCUACCCUUCGAAACAGUGAAGGAUGGGACUUCUCCUUUUUUGUAUGCUCGUUUUUACUUGCUGCCUUUCUUGUACACCAUUGUAUGCCCUAUAACCCAUGAUAAUGACGGCGUUUUGCGAUUAUGUUCGUGCUGCUUUACUGCG